AUGAUGUUCCUCACAGUCAUGACAGUCCAUCGAUACGUGGCGGUGGUGUAUCCGGUGUUCGCUUCAUCUGUAGGGAAUCGUAGCAGGAUUUACACGCACAUCGCGUCUGCAGUGGCAUGGUUGAUCUCUGUGGGCUUCAGUCUGCCUGAAAUGAUCUUCUCUGGAACUGUGGAUGGACCUGAUGGUGUAUUCUGUGUUCCCAACUAUAACUCAAUAUUCGUGGAGUUGUUUGGAUAUUUCACUCAGAUAAUUCUCUUUUUCCUGCUGCCAUUCCUGGUUAUUGUGUUCUGCCACACACGGAUGGGAUUUGCCAUCCUUCAGAGUCGCAUCCGAAGCAGAAACCACGCCGUAUGCGUCAUCCUAAGCAUCGCCGUGGGAUUCUUCAUCUGCUGGGCGCCGUAUAACAUCUUCCUCCUCUUCUUCUCCUUGAGGUCUCUAGGCAUUUUUAUAUUGUGGGAGAGCGUUUUGGAGGUCAUCUACUGCAUCACUCACGUUCUAGCGUAUUCCCACUGCUGUCUGAAUCCACUCGUCCACAUCUUCGGAGGGAAGAAGUUCAGGAAUUACCUGCCAUGGAGCAGAGGUUUCCGUCGGCUCUCGCAGAGGAUCAGCAUGCAAACGUUUAGCAACUCCAACAGCUUCUCGGGUCAGUUUCAUCUCUGAUCAUGUCAGAGGUCAUGAUGUCAUUUUGUUGCGGCUCCAAAGCGAGUCACAUGACGUUUAUUGAGAUUAAUAACAGAUUGAUAGCAGAGGUUUUAUUAAUCAAGCAACAAAAGGCAAGAGCCAAAUUCUUAGAAAUGUGAUCUAAAUGGCAUUUAUGUUGGUUUCAUAUAUUUUUUAAAAAGUUUAGUUUAGUGGUGUAACUAUCAAGUAAAAAAAUGAAUUUGCCUCAAAACAUGAAUACCCGCACACCGUAAAGGGGUCACAGGAUGCCCAUUUUCCACAAGUUGAUAUGAUUCUUUAGGGUCUUAAUAA